AUGAGUGGGUUCAACAACAUUAUGAAAGAGGGCUGGCACCCUAAAAGCAGGGAUGGCAAGAAGGAGAGCUGGCGCGGCGAUUUCAAGGGCAUCAACCAAGUGGCAGGCUGGAUGGGGAAGGGCAAGGAUCCAGACUCCGAUCGCGUCGAGCACGUCUCUCAACCGCUGUCGUCGCUAAGAGACCCAUCAUCCUUUGCGCCACCUCCGAAGCGCAGCCCUGCGGGGAUAACCCCGGAUCGCCAUGGCGUUGGCGCACCGCUGUCUCAGGACCAGAUCAACAGCCAGAACGCUCAUCUACAGCAGGAGGCCGAGGCCGAAGAGGCAGCCGCCCAGAAACCCGCUCCGCCCCCGGUACCCUACCGCGUGGAUACGACCGGCCUGUCUACGAACAACCUCCCACCCCCGCCAGUGCGACGUCUCGACUCCCCGGGCAGCGGUUCGCUAAGCUCGACGGCGAGCGCAAAGCCCAAGCCCCCACAAGUUCCGCCCCGUCUGCCUCCCCGAGAUGGUCCCGCGUCGCAGACUCCUCCCCGCCUACGGCAUCUCCCUCUCCGUCCCGAGGUUCCCGCGCUGGGGAUCGGAGAGACAGAUGGCCGCCAAUCCCAGCCUGUCAAUGAGCUGCAGUCGCGCUUCUCGCAAAUGAAGACCAACGAUUACAACUCCGCCGGUCCCCCUCCGCCAUAUCAAGCCACGCAGCAAACCAGCAGCCCCUCGGAAUCUGCCGCUGGCGGCAGGUCCUCCAUCCAAGACUUCCGGGAGCGCCACGCAGAUAAGAUCGAUAUGGGCAAGCAGAAGCUAGGCGGCGUGACGUCGCGGGUCAACACUUUUGUCGAGGACCGGCAAACCACGCGGCCGACCUCCAAUUCCUCGGAGCCAGCCGCUGGCGGCAGGUCCUCCAUCCAGGACUUCCGGGAGCGUCACGCGGACAAAAUCGAUAUGGGCAAACAGAAACUGGGCGGCGUGACGUCGCGCUUCAACACAUUUGUCGAGGAUCGCAAAUUCUCAGCCAAUGCCAACAAGCGCAUCCCCCGACCGCCGUCGAAUUAUUCUUCUCCGGUUGAGUCGAGUCCCAGCGGUGGUGGCCUUGAGAGCGCAGCGCGCAACAAGAAGCCCCCUCCGCCUCCGCCCAAGAAGGCCGAGAUACGUGCGCCGCCCGUUGCAUCGUCGCCGUCCUCGGCGUCUCCCGCGCCGCCGCCGGUGCCUCUGAACUCCAAGCCUCGUUGA